AUGUCUCUUACAAUUGAAAAUAUGGACAAUGAUGAUUUAGCUGUUGUUCAAAUGGAUGAAAGUCCUGUUGAACCAAUACAACGUCCACCUAAUAAAAUGAUUGGAGCUGAGGCAACUAGAGAACGUGAUUGUUUUGAUGAUGAAUUAUGCUCAACAGUAUUUGAAUUAUUAUCAUGGAUUCUCAUCAUCUUGACAAUGCCAAUAUCAUUUUUUGCUUGUUUAAAAAUUGUUCAGGAGUAUGAAAGAGCUGUGAUAUUUCGUCUUGGACGAUUGCUUCCAGGUGGAUCCAAGGGUCCAGGUAUUUUUUUUAUAUUACCAUGCAUCGACUCGUAUUCAAAGGUCGAUCUCCGAUCACGUACCUACGAUGUGCCACCCCAAGAGGUAUUGACAAAAGACGGUGUAACAGUUGCUGUUGAUGCUGUUGUUUAUUAUAGAAUUAGAAAUGCAACAUCAUCAAUAACAAAUGUUGAAGAUGCACAUCAUAGUACACGUUUACUAGCACAAACAACAUUGAGAAAUACUAUUGGAAAAUAUCCACUUCAUGAAAUACUAAGUGAACGUAGAUAUAUGUCAGGAAAUAUGCAGAUUAUAUUGGACAAAGCGACAGAUACCUGGGGUAUCCAAGUUGAUCGAGUUGAAAUUAAGGAUGUAUGUCUACCAGUGCAAUUGCAAAGAGCCAUGGCAGCUGAAGCUGAAGCAUCACGUGAAGCUAGAGCAAAGGUAAUUGCUGCACAAGGAGAGCAUAAUGCAAGUAGAGCUUUGAGAGAAGCUGCUGAAGUUAUUGGUGAUUCACCAGCUGCUCUACAGCUACGUUAUCUUCAGACUUUAAGUACAAUUUCAACUGAAAAUAAUUCAACUAUCAUUUUUCCAUUACCCAUUGAUAUAUUGUCAUAUUUCAUGGCUGCAAAAGAAGCUUGUAAAUAA